AUGUCCGGUGGCGAUAAUGGUAUCGGGACGGCACAAGACGCAGUUUUACGAAAGUCUGAUACCUUACCUGAAGAUUCAGUUCAGAUUAAAGGCUACGACUUCAAUGAUGGCAUCGAUUAUGAAAAACUGAUUGAUUCUUACUUAUCAACAGGUUUUCAGGCGUCUAAUCUCGCAAUGGCGAUAAAGGAAAUAAAUGCUAUGCUUUCAAUGAGAGAUGAGCAUUCAUCGGAGGUGGUCGAAACGUUUAGUUAUCCUACUGGUAAAAAAAAAAAGAACUGCACUCUUUUCUUUGGAUAUACUAGUAACCUUGUUACUAGUGGCCUACGCGAACACAUAAGAUAUAUUGUCCAACAUGACUUAGUCGAUUGCCUAGUUACAAGUGCUGGAGGUGUUGAAGAAGACCUGAUUAAAUGCCUUGCACCUUCAUAUUUGGGUGACUUUGCAUUAGAUGGAGCUAAACUUCGCUCAUCUGGCCUUAACAGAGCCGGUAAUAUAAUCAUUCCGAAUGACAAUUACUGCUUGUUUGAAGAAUGGGUGAUUCCUAUAUUUGAUCGAUGUGAAGAGGAACAGAAGACGGAGUCUGUUUCGUGGACCCCUUCAAAGUUAAUAGAUCGUUUAGGUGGUGAAAUAAACGAUGAAGCGUCUAUUUGUUACUGGGCUCAUAAAAAUAAGAUUCCAAUAUUUUGUCCGGCUCUGACAGAUGGGUCAUUGGGUGAUAUGCUGUACUUCCACUCCUAUCGAGGAGGUGGAGUAAAGCUUGAUAUUGUUGAGGAUGUUAGGAAUAUAAAUAGUAUGGCAGUAGCAUCGAAACACACCGGAGUAAUCAUACUGGGCGGUGGAGUGGUAAAGCAUCACAUUAAUAACGCAAAUUUGAUGCGGAAUGGGUCAGACUUCACUGUCUACGUCAACACCGGCCAGGAGUUUGAUGGGAGUGAUUCAGGAGCGAGGCCUGAUGAAGCAGUAAGCUGGGGAAAAAUAAAGCCGUCGACAAAGGCCGUGAAAGUGUACGCCGAAGCAUCUCUUGUUUUCCCACUUAUUGUUGCGAAAACAUUUGCGAAAAAAGUUGAAGAGAGGAAGAAAUUAAUGGGGAAGUAA